CACAGGAUUGUGGGGUCAUCUGCAGCAACAAAUCCUUCCAUCUCACGGCCUCCCCUUCUCCCUCGCCUUACCUCGUAUCCAAUAUCCUCAACUUCCAGGUCUUUCCUUCGACUUCUCAGGAUGGCCGACUCCCACCCUACGGGCGCACCGCUAGAACAGCGCGAAGAACAACUCGAGUCAGAAUCCGAGACCGAGGAACAACCACAAGAUGGCACCGAAGGCGCACAGGACCAAGCAACUUCGACAGCCUCAAAACAAAAGAAGAAGAAAAAGAAGUCAAAGAAGUCGAAAAUAGUCUCUGCCCUUACUGGCAAUAAAUCCUCCGAACCCGCAGAAUCCUCCUCCUCCCAGCCUGCCUCGAAAUUGUCCAACGACCACAUCAAGCAGCUUCUCGAGAUGAACCCCACGCUCAAAGGCGAGCUAGCAGGAAUGCCAACCGAAAAGGCCGCCGAAGCUCUCAGAAAGAUGGAUCUGCAGGAGCUGCUGAGCGGAAUGUCGCUGAACGGCAAGAACCAGAAAGACAUGGCCUCGUACAAAUUCUGGGCCACACAGCCUGUCCCUCGCUUCGAUGAGAGACCAGAGGCAGAAAAGCCCGACGGUCCUAUCAAAGAGGUCAUCCCGGAACUGGUGCCCAAGACUGCCGCUCCUCUACCUGAAGGCUACGAAUGGGUCGAGCUCGACCUGAGCAACGAUGCGGAGGUCAAAGAAGUAUACAACCUGCUCUCGUUACACUAUGUCGAGGACGAUCACGCCAUGUUCCGAUUCAACUAUUCUGCUGUCUUCCUCGACUGGGCGCUGAAAUCCCCGGGCUGGAAAAAGAGCUGGCACAUAGGCGUUCGAGCCAAAGGACCCAGCCGCCUACUUGUCGCAACCAUAUUUGGCAUUCCCAUCAAGCUCCGAAUACGAGAAAAUGUCCUCGACGUCGUCGAGAUCAAUUAUAUGUGUGUCCACAAGAAGCUGAGGUCACGCAGACUAGCACCGGUGCUCAUCAAAGAAGUUACGCGAAGAUGUCACUUGGAAGGAGUCUACCAGGCUAUUUACACCGGCGGAGUUGUCUUGCCAACACCCGUCGGGAGCUGUCGCUACUUUCACCGCAGUCUGGACUGGCUGAAACUGUACGAGGUCGGCUUCUCUCCACUUCCGCCAAACAGCACGGCUGCCAAGAUGAUCGCGCGCAACCAGUUACCUCCUAACCCAAGCACGUCCGGAUGGCGCGCCAUGCAGGAGAAGGACAUUGAACCAGCCUUGGACCUGCUGACGCGAUACUUGAAGCGGUUCGAUUUGGUCCAAGAGUUCAAUCGCGCCGAAAUCGAUCACUGGUUCUUCAACAGACAAAAGUCCGAGGAUCAAGUCGUGUGGUCGUUCGUCGUUGAAAAAGACGGCAAGAUUACGGACUUUGCGAGCUUUUACUGCCUCGAGAGCAGUGUCAUUGGUCCGAUGAGUCAAAAACACGAAAAGAUCCGCGCAGCGUAUUUGUAUUACUAUGCUACAGAUCAGGCUUUCAAUCCAAAGGAAAAGGGAUUGAAGCCGAGACUACAGCAGAUUGCACAGGAUUUGUUGAUUGAAGCGAAGAAGGCCAAAUUCGAUGUGUUCAAUGCGCUGACGCUGCACGAUAAUCCCAUGUUCCUGCAGGAUCUGAAGUUCGGUGCUGGUGACGGACAGUUGCAUCACUAUUUAUACAAUUGGCGGACGAAGCCAAUUAAUGGUGGUGUGAACGAGAAGAAUAUGCCUGAUGAGUCGAAGAGGGGCGGUAUUGGAAUUGUGCUGCUGUGAUUGUUGGACAGAUCCAGUAUUGCGUUAUGAAUGGAAAUGAACUAAUUUCUUCAGUGUAUGGUGCAGAAGGAGUGGGAGAUCUCGGAGAUGCGGGAAGCGCAGGAAAAGAAGAAUAGUCGGCAUGACACCAUUUGCAGGUCUCGGUAUCCUGUGCGAAUCCCGAGAGUCAUUUAGGAUGUAACAGGAUACUCCCAAGCUUAACAGCCAGGGAAGUCGGAUGUGCUUGAGCUGUCAAGACGGGCUUUUUGCAUAGGCCAUAUUCACACAUCAAGUGUCUCCAUUGCUUGUA